AGUCAUUCUAGUUACCCCAACUCCGGAUGUGGUCGGCAUCAACUCUUAGGAAACCCCACUUUUUCCAGCCAACACGUGGAAUUCGAUCUCCCCUCAUUUUCCACCCAGCCGACAAGAACAGAACCCAACCCGACGACCAUGAGCCAGUCCAAUUCUCGUAAACGCAAGGCGCGCAACAAUGGCAGCAGCAGCCAAAGUGACUUGCCACAGGAUGAAUCCACAAGAGAUAACAAGGCCGUGGAGGAGGACAACAAAGGCAAUCAUUACCCGCAUGGCAUACUAAAAGGCAACCAGUCAUCUUUGGACAGCACCAGCUUGGAGUACCUACUGGCGGUUCCCUUGGAGAUUAUCUUUCGUCAGAUUCCCACAGACAACGCUGUUCCCUCUCGUGCGGAUCAUCCCAACGGCAAACCCUUGUUGACGCGAGCCGAAGCCCGUUGUAUGUUACAGAUCCUCUCUUGGAGUCAGGAAUGGGAUGUCCUCUUUCAAGCCAGCACGGACAGUCUCAAACAUCGAGCAUGGAGUCGUCAAUUCCAGCUCAAAUUGCUCACGUCAUCAUCUCAUCCAAAAGCUACAUCGUGUACCCAAAGCAACAAGAGCCAUCCGUACUUGCGCCCUCUCGUCCCACUGUUAGAGGUAGAGGGACAAUACCAAACAACCAGGACACUCCAGUUGUUGGACGAGGAAAUGCACACGGUCUUGACACAAUUACAACUAGGCAGUCAAGCCUUGCAGCAAUUUGCCGAACACAAUUGGACGCUCUCUGAAAAUCUGCUGGAUGCACUAGGAGCCAACGAAGAAGACUACUUUAAUUCACAACAACCAACACAAAAUGAUACUGCCAUCCCCAAAGGAGCUCUGUUGGCACGGGAGAAACGACGCUUGGCGGAAUUGCAAGAGGAAAUCUGUCAGCGCAUUGGGGUUUUGGUCCGCAACGUGCUGUCGGAAGAAGAGCAAGAAGAAAAUCAUACGGGUGAAACGAAAGAGAAGCCCAUCGGCAUUGAGUCCUAUGAUACAUCCAUGGCAACGGUUUGUGCGCAACUCUGGAAGCUGCCCGAGUUGGCAAUCACCAGCAUGAAUAAUGUGGAAGUGGCUACAGCAACGAACCAGCAGGAGCAGCAACAUCAACGUUCCUCCAAAGUUGGAGUGUUUGACUAUGCAGAACCCAUGCAGGAAGACGGAAAGGAACAAACUCCCGAAAUGCAUGACCGGAGCAUCCAACAACAGCCGCAACAGAACGAGGACAAACGGGCGGCCCAUAAUUUGAGUGAUGACGAUGAUGAGACGGUCAUGGACGAACAAGGGAUGCUGGGGGGUGCCCAGCACCAGCAGCAAGAAUCCCAACAUUCCAUCGUCUCCAACAACUCGGCGGAUCAAGGCGACCAACCAAAGCACCAACAAGUACCCACUCAUGUUGUACGAAAGUUGACCACAGAAUCACAAAUCCAAAAGUUUGAUGCGGGGGAAGCCUUGGUCAUGUUUGCGUGCCAAGAGUCUUAAUGAAAGAGGAAUUCAGAUGGUGGUUGCUGGGGUUUCUGGCGUUGAAUCCGGGGGUUGAUUCUUUUGGUUUUAUCAUGUCGCCUCUGGCUAACUGUAUAACCGCUUAAAUGUUUUCAGCUGAUGCCCAUGACAUUGUCCGCCAUCCUGUGUAGCGGUUGUCCGUCGUUCCAGCCAUUGAACCGCCGAUGAGAUUUGGAACCCGGCGAAUAAGGCUGUGCCCUGCACUCCCUGCAAUGCCUGAGGGACAACACACAAUCCAAAGGGCAGAACCAGGGAGUGGGCUAGUUAACAGCUUUGUAGAUACAUGCUCCCGUAACAACUACAUGCCACAAGCAAUAGGGGCACCAUCCAUUCUUCUACCAAGGCAAGCUUUGGUGUUCCUACAAUGGAGUCCAGCCAUAUGACCAUUCUCACCUGCAUUGGUACACGUGUGUUUGUCCUUCAACCGUUUCUUUGCUUGUCUCUUCAUGCCAUGGACAUGCAUUUGCAUGCGCCGGUACGGUUGAUUUCAUGUUCCAAAUGGCGGUUGCAUCUAGCUGCUGCCCAAUAGCAUGUAAACUCAUCCCAUGGACAGCCACUCUCAUGAGCGUAUUUCAGCGCAUCAAUUUGACCAUACCUUUGCAGUUGGCUGCCAAGUCAUAUCGUAACUCUCAUCGUCAACCACACAUACAUGGAGGGCUUUCAAAAGUUGACCAUGGUGGAGGUUCCUUGUAACAGCCAGUAGGGGAGGACAGGGCCUGGGCAAGCUUCAACAGCAGGUGCGGUCUGCUCUUGCCCAGCUCGUAGCGGUACCAGCAAUGGCUCCAGUUGUCAUUGAAGAUACGGUGGAAGUCGAGCAGAAUGUGGUUAAAAAAGAACGAAGCGUGUGUAAAACGGGUUCACAGGAUGGACUUGCUACAUACUCAAGCAAGGCUCAACCCAGGAGAAGUCACCAGCCCUGGUGCUAGACGCCGAGACCAACCCACCAACGAGGUUCUUGUGAGAAAGCAGCAUCUUACAUAUCCAUUGCACUUUAGGAAAACCAUCCUACAUGAACCUCUGAAAGUCUACAAAACGUAUGCACAUGGCUCAAAAUGCGUUCUAUCUAGUAAACGCGUUUAUGAAACCU